AUGGCAAGUUUCGAAUUCUCCCCUUCUCUCUCACUCGAAGAGCAGGCCAUUAUCGCAGCAUUCAGGUCCCCUUUCCUUGAUUCGGAGAAGGUGCAAACCCUGAUCAGGAAGCUUGAUUCGGAGAAGGAGCAAGCCCUGAUGAAGCAGCUUCAGGGGAUCACUGUCGGAGAGACAAAUGGCAGCUCUUCCAGUAUUCGUAGUGUCCAAGGAGCGGAACUCCCGCUGAGGCCUUAUAAGAAAGACUGUCCGUUUUUUCUCCGAACUCGGAUGUGCAUGUAUGGUUCUUCUUGCGAGUUGAAUCACUCACCUCCAAGGACUAAUCAGGAGGGGGCUGACAAUGAAGAGCAUCUGCAGCGGACCAAGAAAGUAGAAUGCAAGUACUACUACAGCUCCAGAGGAUGCAAGUUUGGAGAAGCUUGCAGAUAUAGCCACAUCUGGAUAGGACAACAUGUCAAGAUGGAGCAGCCCGACCUCGAGAGUAAUUUGCUUGUCCCGAUGACACAGGGACCAAAACAAUGCCCAUCUUACAUGGCAUGUGGUUUCUACACAUAUGGGCCUAAUUGCAGGCUGCAGCAUCCGGAACCGGUGGUUACCGGAGAUGGCAGCCAUUAUGGCUCGAACUCUUCUGAGAAUUUGUCAGGCCUUCCUCCAAGGAGAUAUGAUCAUGGAUCCCACAAUGCCCCUAGGAACCAAUGGUGCAAAAAGAAGGGAGGACAGCACGGUUCUUUGUCAAUUGACAGAAGCCUGAUACGUGCCGAUAUAUUCCCAGAACGUCCUGGGCAACCUGAGUGUCCUCAUCACAUCAAAACUGGAGACUGCAAGUACAAAUCUUUGUGCCGUUUUCACCAUCCGAAGAUCCAAGCUCUUUCUGCAACCUCCUGUGCCAUGAACAUCGGGAAUCCAAUUUUCAACUUUAUGCAGGUAAGUUCGCUCUCUUGUCCCACGUCCCAAUUGAUCCAUUCCAUUGCCAGCACUAACAUUUGGUUAUUGCCCAUUUCUGCAAUCGUCUCAUUUUACAGGAGAGGAAACUUUGUCCCAGCUACGAGCUCUGUGGCAUCUGCCCAAGUGGAAGUGCUUGCAGGUUCGACCACCCAAAGGAGAUCGAACUUUAUGGGACUGUGCCCAACGCCGCAGCAAAUUACGGGCUUUAGACCCGCAGAUGGAUGGAGUUCACCAUCUUUGAGGAUCGAAGCACAGCUCAUUCUGCUUUCUAGUAGUAUGUUACAGCUGGUUCAAUAAGGAUUGUAAUGGCUAAUAUUUAUUGCAUUGGCAAUGGCAAUAUGCAAGUUCAGAACAUUCGAUAC